AUGGCUCUGAGUUUCUUCUGCAGUGCUUCUCUCUCCACUCACACUCCAAGCCUUGUCAAGGUUCACAACCUAAUCAACAAAAAUGGGAUUCCAUCGGUCAUAACCUCUCCACAGGAAUCUCUCCGAAAAGGAAACUGGGUUAAGCUUAUUUGUGGUGCUAGCUUUGAGGAUGUGGUUGAUGUUAGGAAUCUUUCUCUGGUUUACGCUCUAGCUGGAGUUGACUGCAUUGACUGUGCUGCCGAUGCAUCAGUUGUCAAUGCUGUAAAUGAAGGGAUUAAGGCAGCCAUGGAUAUCAUUCCCAUUCGAAGGCCUUGGGUUAUGAUCAGUGUCAAUGAUAACGAAGACCUUCAUUUUCGUAAAGCUGAAUUUGAUCCCGAUGAUUGCCCAUUGGAUUGCUCAAGGCCAUGUGAGAAUGUUUGCCCUGCCGAUGCAAUCUCAUUUUCAGGCAAAGUGGGUGUAUCCAAGGGUGGUGUCUUACUUGAGCGAUGCUAUGGCUGUGGUCGCUGCUUACCAGUUUGCCCAUACGAUAAAAUAAAAGCAAUUUCAUACGUACGAGAUGUUGCGGCUACAGGUGAACUUCUUAAUCGGGAUGAUGUUGAUGCAAUAGAAAUUCACACUAGCUUAAGGGAAGCUGAGUCUUUUCAAGAACUUUGGCGUGGUUUAGGGGAUUCAUUUCAUAAGCUGAGGCUUGUAGCAGUUAGCUUGCCUGAUAUAGGGGAGCUUACUGUACCCGCAAUGAGUUCUAUGUACGAAACAAUGAAAGGCAACCUGCAUUGCCUCAAUCUAUGGCAGUUGGAUGGUCGCCCCAUGAGUGGAGAUAUUGGACGAGGCGCGACAAGGGAAGCAAUUAAAUUUGCUCUACGUAUGGCCUCCAUCAAAGACAGACCUAAAGGUUUUCUUCAAUUAGCCGGUGGUACCAAUGCUCACACAGUAGACGGGUUAAAAAGGGCAAUGCUAUUUCAAACCAUCAAUAUAUCGGAAAAAUCAAACUCGAGCUUAUCUGAGUCAUCGCAUGCUUCUAUCAGUGGGAUAGCAUUCGGUGGCUAUGCCCGAAAGAUAGUUGGUAGGGUUUUGAGAUCUCUGCCAUUCGAGCAUGGUUACGGCUGUCUUGAAGACUACCCAGACCAUCUUCUUGAGGCACUUGAACAAUCUCUGGCUUUAGUUGGGACUGUUAAAUGCUAUAAUCAUGGUUAG